CGGCCGGCUGGCAGCACAAGUGCCCUGCACGGUGCGCCCCAACAGAAAGGAUUUUGUUUCGGGUGAGGUGGGGGGCGGCAUGGCGCCACCCGCCGCUCAGGCUCAGCUCCUCCUCUCCAACCACCCCUCGCCGUUGCUGUCGCCGCCGCAACGUCGUCGCCUCCUCGGUGGACCGCCGCCUCGCUCACACACCUGCGCCAUCCGGCACCACCACGGCCACGACAAGUGCGCCUCCUCCUCCUCCACUCGCCUUCGCCACGCCCUCCGCCCGCCCGCCGCCACCGCCGUGGCCAUCGCGCCCGGCGACCACUGGGGAAACUGGGCCUUCCUCCUCUCCGCCGCCGCGUUCGGCACAUGGGCGGAGGAGAACACGUCGUGGGGCGCCGCGCUCAGCGGGGCGCUGGUCAGCAUCAUGGCCGGCCUGGCUGCCACGGCCGUCGGCCUCGUCACCCCCGGGGCGCCCGCGCACGACGCCGUCAUGGAGUACCUGCUGCCGGCCGCCGUCCCGCUGCUGCUCCUCGGCGCCGACCUCCGCCGCGUCGUCCGCACCACCGGCGACCUCCUCAAGGCAUUCCUGCUCGGAUCUGUUGCAACUGUAAUCGGCACGACGGUGGCCUAUCUGCUGAUCCCCAUGAGAUCGCUGGGCCAAGAUAGCUGGAAGAUCGCAGCUGCACUCAUGGGCAGCUACAUUGGCGGAGCGGACAACCUCAUCUCGGCGCUCUACUUCAUGGCGCUCUUCUCACUGGCGUCAAACAUCCCAGCAGAGCCCAAGACGGCGACGGCGAGUCCGCAGAAGGACGGCGAGCGGCUGUCGGUGCUGAACGGUGGCGCGGCGGUCGCUUUGUCCUUCAUCAUCUGCAAGGCCGGGUCGGCCAUGGCCGCGCGGCUGGGGCUCCAGGGCGGCACGCUGCCCUGCGUCACGGCGCUGGCCGUGUUCCUGGCCACGGCGUUCCCGGCGCCGCUCAGCAGGCUGGCGCCUGCCGGCGAGACCCUGGCGCUCAUCCUCAUGCAGCUCUUCUUCGCCGUCGUCGGUGCCAACGGCAACGUCGUGGACGCCGUCACCCGGGCGCCCAGCGUCUUCGCCUUCGCGCUCGUGCAGGUGUCCGUCCACAUGGCCGUGGUGCUCGCCGCCGGCAGGGUUAUUGGGAUCGACAGGAAGCCGCUGCUCAUCGCCUCCAACGCCAACAUAGGCGGCCCCACCACCGCAGCCGCCAUGGCCACGGCCAAAGGCUGGACCUCGCUCGUCGUGCCCGGGAUCCUCGUCGGCAUCUUCGGGAUCUCCAUUGCCACGUUUCUUGGCAUCGGAUAUGGCAUGUUCGUGCUCAGAAGGAUCCGCGGCUGAACAAUUUCUUCUUGAUUCCGAGAUGUGACCUUAAGUGGCUGUCGCGCGCUAGCUAGACCAUAGAACAAUGCUUGCUUUAUAGAGCUGCUGAAUUAAAGAGGUUUCGCUAGAGUUCAGCUUGUGGGGGUUUUGAAAAGAUAUUUAAACUUAGUCCUGACUGCUAACGAUAAGUUAAAACAUUCGAUGUGAAUUUGAAA